AUGGCAGAGCGUGUCGACGCCGACGCUCGUCGACUGGAGCAUCACUCCGUACAUCACGCCAAUGUUGAACCAGCAGUUCGUACGUCUCUCGCGCUCUUUAUCUCUCUGCCUUCUCGCAGUGCUCUUACCGUCAGCCUGAAGGCAUUUCCGCUUACUCUUUCUCUACAGGCCAAUUGCGAGAGCUGUUGGGCGAUGACUGCGACGGACCUCGUGAGCAUCGUGUGGGCUCAGAUCAACAAUCAAACGGCUGAGCUCCUCUCCACGCAGCACGCGUGCGACUGCUCGUCGUCCGCUUGCUGCCGCGGCGGCUGGCCCGAGUGGGUGUUCCAGUUCAUUAUGGUGAACGGCGGGGUGGCUGCUAACGUGGAUUAUCCGUACGCGGGCGCGAUGAACUCCACCUGUGCAAGCGUCUCGAAGUCGAAGCUCAAGGCGAAGAUCAACGGGUGGGAGAAGGUGCCGGCGAGGAGCAACACGGCGCUGAUGAAGGCCGUGGCGCAGCACCCCGUGCUCGUGUACAUCGCCGGCAGCAGCAACGACUUCAUUAAUUACUCGGGUGGGAUUUUCUUCGGGCAGUGCAGCGGCGAAAUCGACCACGCCGUGUUGGUCGUGGGCUAUAGUCUCGUCGACCCUAACUCACCAGUCUGGAUUGUUAAAAACACCUGGGGACCCUCCUGGGGCGAAGGCGGAUACAUGCGGCUACCGAUGCUUGCGGACGGGCCUGGCAAGUGUAAUAUGUUGAGCGAACGGGGAAUUUACCCUACCUUUUAUGAUAAGACCAAGGGCGCGGCUCUCUGCAAGCUGCCCAUAAAUCCUUGCGGAGGCGGGACGUGUGUGGUGACGAACGGUGGUGCGCGGUGCAAUUGCCCCCCUGGUUUUGUUGAGAGAUUGGAGAACGACGCGCCUAAGUGCACGGUGGCUACACCUUGUGAUGCGAAUCCGAAUCCGUGCGGUAUCGGGACAUGCUACAACGAGUUCGAUGGCAGCUACACUUGCGCAUGCCCUGCUGGCUCGGUGAUUGGUUCGCGUGUUGAGGGCAGCAUGACUUGCGUGCUCGGCACCUUCCAAUCGGGUCUCCAAACCUACACGAUUCUGCUCGGCGACACCUGCCAAACCGUGGCCAGCACGUUCGGAUUCACGUUAGACUUUCUCCAAACCAAGAACCCGUUCCUCGACUGCUCCCAACCACUCACCCCGGGUUACGUCAUCCUCGUCGGCUCGACAAACACCACUUUAGGCUGCUCCGCGAUGGAUAUAGUUAGUCCGGGCGACACAUGUAGCAUAGUUGCUACACGCAACAACAUCACUGUUCGCCAGCUGUUAGGCAUCAACCCAACCCUCAACUGCAACGUGUCGCUGCAGCGCUCGCAGAUGCUGUGCGUCGCGCCGGGCGCUCUGUCGGCCACGUCGCCCUUGAUCCGUUCGUGCGGCCGAGUGUACAACGUGGGACCACAGGACCGGUGCACAGACAUUGCCCGCGGGUUCAACAUCUCGCUCAUCGAUUUCAUCUGGCUGAAUCCGGGGCUUAAGUGCGACGACAACCCUAUCAGCAAUGCCAUUGCAGUCUGCGUGGCUCCUCUCACCACUGAGUUCGUCACAGUGGACUGCUCCUCGUGGUACACAGUCACACAGGCGGACACGUGCUCACUCAUGGCCAACUCAGUGGGCCUCACAGUCAACCAGUUCCUGCGCCUCAAUCCGGGCCUCAGGUGCUACCCGCCGUACCUCCAAAUCGGGCAGAAAGUCUGUGUGAACGGCACGACACAGUCCAUGACCAAGUAUCCGCUCUCCCCAAACGUGAUCCCGUACUCUGUGGGCGUCAACGACACGCUCGCGACCAUCUCCCAGCAAUACGCCUCCAUGUGUCCCAACAACACGUUCCCGGCGGAUAUCUGCUCCUCAAACUCCUUCCCGGACUGCACAGACCAGUCCAUCACGCCCAACCAAAUGAUCCUCAUCCCCUGCACGAGAAAGAUCUCGGGAGACCUCUGUGGGGAUUCGCUCCCCGUCUGCGGGGCCGAUUAUGUGACUUACAAGUCGGUGUGUCAUGCUGUGCUCAGCUUUGCCCUGCCGCUCGUGAGAUCUGGGCCGUGCAACCUGUGCAACGAGGGGAUCUGCCAGAACCGGACGGCGAUAGAUCCGGUUCCAAACACGUGUCCGGCGCCGCCCGGCAUGUGCCCGUUCCCAACGUGGCCUCUCACUCCCGAUUAUUUCUACUACUGCCCAUGGGUGUUCAAAUCCCAGUGUGAAUGCUUGCUGUACACGUGUGAUUAUCUCUACUGCUCACUUUUUCAUGUUUUAAAGAGCGCCACCUUUGUUCCCUUCCUCUUCGCGAGCACGCUGAUGCAUCCGGUCCCAUCAACUCGUCCCUGCCGUCCCCUCUCCCUCCCGUUCAAAGAGGGUUACACCGCGCCGCCGCCGCCCGCCUCUCCGCCAAUCACGCCGGGGCUCGUGGCGCUGCAGUUCCGCGACGGCGCGGGGCAGCUGAGCCACAUCGUCACGUUCCGCGACGCGGUGACGGGCGAGGAGCUGCGCUUCGGCCUCGAGGACUUCGCCUCCGCGCCCGCGGCGCCGGAAAUCCCGGAGCCUGCUACCGUCAGCUGCUUAAAGUCGCUCAUUAUCAUCGUGCUGUUGCUCAUCUUCGCGCGGCAUUUCUUUGCGCUCGUGCUGGAGGCGAGUGGCGACGACGACGACGUUGACGAAGACUCUGCAGAGUUCACGAUCUUUCUGAUGCAGCUGCUCGGCAUUCUGCUGCCGUGCUUCAUCCUCGCGCGCGCCCUCGCUGCCAUCCACGACCGAUACCGUCAG